ACCCCUUGAAUAUGCUUUAGUCUGUCUUGCUAAGGCAUCUGCCCUGAAUCUCAGAACUUGACAUCAUGGAUCCUUCUGCCCACAUCAUGCCCUUCCUUGAAAGUAGUAUUUGUCUAGAAAAGGUGGGAGGAAGGCAACAGCUCUACCUGAAGUUUGGUCAGUGGCCAACAAGCUCAAGGCAUACUUUUCUGCCAACUUCUAUUUCUUCCUUUUCUGAAGCGGAAUUCAGCUGACAGACACUGAAUGCAAAGCCUUCUUUGCAGAGGUUCUGUGGCGCUUUUUCUCUGAAGAAAAUUGGUGUCUGUGUGGUAUUUUUGAUGGAGAGGGAAGGGCUUUUAACAUAUGCCUGACGUUUUCAUCAUUCAGCUUUUUGGGACACAGCCCAUUGAUGAUAUAGUGUUUAGGUAAAUGAGCAGGGUGUGGCAAUAUAGAGCGCUUUUCUUUUUUUUUUUUUGAGGAUAAAUAUUUCCAUUACCACUAUUCCCUUUGUUCUAUGAGAACUUAAGUUGGCUCUUAACAGCAGAGAUAAAAUAGAGACUUGGUGUGCACUGAAGUUUACUUUCCUUUGGAUUGGAUUGGCUAGAUCUGGAUGCAUUUUUAUAGCUGCUCUUUUCAAUGAGACUUGAAUUGGGAAGCAGAGAAUUUUAGGUAAAAAUGGGUAUCAGUAUUAAAGAGUAAAUAAUCCAUCUCUUAUAAAAGAAGUGUGAUUUCUUUUUUUAAGGAAAAAUUACACAUUUCUUUUAACAUGCUCCACAGUACUUCACAUUUCAGGAGAUAAAGGGUACAAAACAUAGCAAAAGGACUUUUUUACGUGAACUAAUGCAUUGUGUGUAUUAAACAUUGCAUUUGGACAUGACAUUGAUUAUAGCUUAAUCCAUAUGUGCUUUUGUUUAAGUUUAUGAUAGAAUAAUAAGAAAGAUUAAUAUGGAAAGCAUUUGGAAAUUAAAUGGUUAAUGGAUUAGAAAUUAUUUUUUUUAAAUGAAAAGGAAUAUUGCAAAAAAGAAUUAUUUUGAUUUACAGGGUAUUAUUACACAUUGCUUUCUAUCUUCAUUUUUUUUCCUAGCACUGAUAAGAAAGUUCUCAAAUGAUGUUUGAAGAGCAGUGGACGUUUUAUUAAAGAUUGUAUCUGUGACUUAAUAACUGGAAGGAGUUGAAGAAUCCCGCAUUCAGAUCUGUCAGAGUUAACAUCUGAGAAUUCCAGAGUACCAAAGGGCUGACAUCAUGAAUUAUCAUGAUGUAAAUAUACCCAGAAAAGAUUGAUCUCUGGGCUGGUGAACGUAAAAUCUGUCCCAGUCAGAAAAGGAGAGGAAAUUAGCAGGACGAUUGGUGGAGAAUGAUAUCUGUCAAAAGAAACACUUGGAGAGCACUGAGUUUAGUAAUAGGUGACUGCCGGAAAAAAGGGAACUUUGAAUUUUGCCAAGAUCGCAUUGAGAAACAUUCCACAAUGCCAGACUCACCUGUGGAUGUGAAGACGCAAUCCAGGCUGACGCCCCCAACAAUGCCACCUCCUCCCACUACCCAAGGAGCCCCAAGAACCAGUUCAUUCACACCCACAACGUUAACCAAUGGCACAAGCCAUUCACCAACAGCAUUGAAUGGGGCUCCUUCUCCACCUAAUGGCUUUAGUAAUGGUCCAUCAUCUUCCUCCUCCUCAUCUUUGGCUAAUCAGCAAUUACCACCCGCUUGUGGAGCUAGGCAGCUUAGCAAACUGAAGAGAUUUCUUACAACCUUACAGCAGUUUGGCAAUGAUAUUUCACCAGAGAUUGGGGAGAGAGUGCGUACCCUCGUGCUAGGACUUGUGAACUCUACUUUGACAAUUGAAGAAUUUCAUUCCAAACUGCAAGAAGCUACUAACUUCCCACUGCGACCUUUUGUCAUCCCAUUUUUGAAGGCCAAUCUGCCCCUGCUACAGCGGGAGCUCCUGCACUGUGCAAGGCUGGCCAAGCAGAACCCCGCCCAGUACCUCGCUCAGCAUGAGCAGCUGCUUCUGGAUGCCAGCACCACCUCACCUGUUGACUCCUCAGAGCUGCUUCUCGAUGUGAACGAAAACGGGAAGAGGCGAACUCCAGACAGAACCAAAGAAAAUGGCUUUGACAGAGAGCCUUUGCACUCAGAGCAUCCAAGCAAGCGGCCGUGCACUAUUAGCCCAGGCCAGCGGUACAGUCCAAAUAAUGGCUUGUCUUACCAGCCCAAUGGUCUGCCUCACCCCACUCCGCCUCCACCUCAACAUUACCGUUUGGAUGAUAUGGCCAUUGCCCACCACUACAGGGACUCAUAUAGACACCCCAACCACAGGGACCUCAGGGACAGAAACAGACCUAUGGGGUUGCAUGGCACACGUCAAGAAGAAAUGAUUGAUCAUAGGCUAACAGACAGAGAAUGGGCAGAAGAAUGGAAACACCUUGACCAUCUCUUAAACUGCAUCAUGGACAUGGUGGAAAAAACAAGGCGAUCUCUCACUGUGCUACGGCGAUGUCAAGAAGCUGACCGGGAGGAACUUAAUUACUGGAUACGGCGGUACAGUGAUGCGGAGGAUUUAAAAAAAGGCAGUGGUAGCAAUCAUUCCAGGCAGCAGAGUCCAGUGAAUCCAGAUCCCAUUCCUUUAGACUCACAUCGGGAAUUCCUUCACAGGCCUGCUUCUGGAUAUGUGCCAGAAGAGAUCUGGAAGAAAGCUGAGGAAGCAGUCAAUGAAGUAAAACGUCAAGCAAUGACUGAGUUGCAAAAGGCAGUGUCAGAGGCAGAGCGGAAAGCCCAUGAUAUGAUUACUACAGAGAGAGCUAAAAUGGAGCGCACAGUGGCAGAGGCCAAACGACAGGCUGCAGAGGAUGCACUAGCUGUGAUCAAUCAGCAGGAGGAUUCUAGUGAGAGUUGCUGGAACUGUGGCCGGAAAGCUAGUGAAACCUGCAGCGGUUGCAAUACGGCGCGAUACUGUGGCUCAUUUUGCCAACAUAAGGACUGGGAGAAACAUCACCACAUCUGUGGACAGACGCUUCAGGCCCAGCAGCAAGGAGAGACACCAGCAGUCAGUUCCUCUGCAACACCCAACAGUGGAGCCGGGAGCCCCAUUGACACACCACCAGCAGCCACUCCUAGGUCAAACACCCCUGGAACUCCAUCCACCAUAGAAGCCACUCCUCGCUAGGAAUGAACACAGAACUACUUAAAACAAAAGCAAACAAAAUACAAAACAAAAUUCCUCAUCCUCAGAUGCUCAAAUUUUUUUACUGAACUGUCAUAUUUCAAUACUACAAAAGAACUUAUACUGUAUCUUGAGGUAGACGUAAAAUACAGAAGGCCAGUAACGGGUCAUAAUGACUUCUUCUGGAUAACAAAGAUACCUUUUCUUUAGAAAACUGAGAAGAGCAGAUAAUUUAACACAUGGACACACACACACAAAAUGAUAGAUUUGACCUCCUCCCUGUUAUUUUCCAGUAGCUGGGAUUUUAAACUAGAUGACCUCAUUAACAGAUGCUUUACCAAACAGCAAACCAAGAGAUUGCUAAUUGCUGUUGAAAGCAAAAAUGCUAAUAAUAUAAAGUCACAAUGUUCUUUAUAACAAUAAUGGAUAUUUUUUUUUAAGCGAGAGAGAGAGAGAGAGAGAAAGAAAGAAAAACCCUCAAGGGCACAAGCAUUGGAUAAAGCAGCAGACAUUUUAAUAAGAAGUUGAAUAGCGUCCAUGGGUUACUGACUGAACUCUGAAGACCCGCAUCAAAAACACGCAGAUGUGCAGCAGAUUGGAAGGAGACACAGAUGUUCAUUUUUUCUUGUUUCUGAAUGAAAUUAUAAUAUCCAGGUCAGCAGAAUGAAAAAUGGAAGAUGAUUUGCAGUGGGAUAUAGGACUUUAACAGCAGCAAAGGGGAAAAAAUUGCCAUCGUACAAACGGCUCCAUUUCCAUUCUUUUUGUUUGUUUGUUUGUUUUUGGGGUGUUCUUUGUGAGUUUUUUCUCUUUUUAGUACAGAAUUAAGGGCACGGCCUGCAGUUAAUUAGUAUUUUGGCAGCUACAAUGUCCACCAGCUGUCUCUACCCCUUCCCCUGUUUCCUCUCCCCAAGAAAGCUUCAAAUUUUUUUACAAGGUUCCACAAGUAAGACAAUCGGGUCUAUUCCAUUCAUUUUUGUAUCAACGGCAAUGAUAAAUGGUGACUCCAGCUCCAGAAUCCUUCCAAAUUCUUUCCAUCCCAUCCUGUCUGGGUUUAUAAUGAAAAAUAUAUUUAAAAUGGGGAAAAAUCUAGUAGUUCUCUUGAUGUUAAAACACUUCUGUCCUGUGAGAUUUCCCAAUGGUGUUUUUUCUUGUAAAUGUGUUGGGACAAAUGUGGAAAUGCAUUGUAGUUAACCAUGCUCACAUUUAGUCUUCUUUAUUACUAGUAGGUGAGAAACCUGUAACUUUCUAUGCUGCUUUUAUAUCUGUCUGUAGUAGUGAUGAUUCUAGUAGUUCAAAAGAGAAAAGAAAAUCCCCCACCCUCUUUUUUCGUUUGUCCUGAAGAAAAGAAAAGAAAAAAAAAAAGCUAUCUUUCGGAGCUGCUAUUUCACUCUGUUAUAGGGAAAAAAAUUCUGAAAAUUAGCAUGCUUCCCGGAAUGCUAACAUAUUGGUGUUUUUGUAAGAGGGAUGUACAUAAAUGUAUUUUGCACUGUCA